UUGAAUUCAGAAAAGAGCUAACAACUUGUUAAGGUAUUAGUCAACUAGUAGAGCACAACACGGCCAGUGAGCAAUAUCGUAAGACCGUUUCAUCCAUUUUUGUGGUGAAACAGUGUGUAAGUUUGUUUGUGUGUGACGGUUGGUAAUAUCGCCUUAACGUUUAAAUCGCUUCUCAGUGCUGUAGCUACAGGCAUCGCUGUUUGAGGAGGAAUCACCGUACUUGCAAUGAAAGCGGGUGUCCACUGCCGUUGUUCAAAAUGCUACUCGGUUCCAACAAGGAAGCGGGUCCGUAAGCGAACUCCAGCCCUAACCUUGCUGUCUCUACCUGAGGAGGUCCUCCUCUGUGUGCUCCAGUGCCUCUCUGCUGAGGACCUGCUGUCUGUCAGAGCAGUUCACUCCCAGCUGCGGGACAUUGUUGACAACCACUCCAGUGUAUGGGCCAGGGUCAGUUUCAGGGACACAUGGCCAUCCCCCAACACCUUAUGGCUUUUUGAAAGGGCUGCUGAGAAAGGGAAUUUUGAAGCUGCUGUGAAGCUAGGGAUUGCUUAUUUGUACAAUGAAGGACCAUUGUUAAGUGAUGAGGGGCGAGCGGAUGUGUGUGGUCGCAAGGCCUCUCACUUCUUCAGCCUGGCAGAGAGCCUGCACUCUCCCACAGCAGAUCCCUUCAUCUGGGUGUUUAUCCGUCCCCCAUGGUCACCCACUGGCAGCUGCUGCAAGGCCGUGGUGUUCGACCGUCUCAAGGCUGAGUGUGACAUCAACGCGGAGAAGAGAGGACCCUUGUUGCACUGUUUGGCCAGAGUUUUGCAGCUGUUUGAAGGCGAUGAAAGACGUUCAGAGGCCAUAUCUAUGUUGGAGGAGUCGUCACAGGCUGGCUGUAUACAGAGUUCCUAUCUGUUGUGGGAGCACAACCGGAAAGCAGCUAUGGCAGAUCCAGGCAGGUACCUCCAGUGUAUCCGAACCCUCAGGGACUAUGCUGGCAAGGGAUCCUGGGAGGCACAGCUCUCCCUGGCUAAAGUGUGCAGCAGUGGGAAUCCGCUGGGCUUGGACUCCAAAGCCUGCUCUGACUUAGUGGCUCAGCUUUUUAGUUCCUCUAACCCGGCAUCACGACACUGUGCUCAGGGCAUCCAUAGACGAGGCAUUAAGGACACCAUGAGGUACAUCCUGGUGGACUGGCUUGUGGAGGUGACCACCAUGAAGGAUUUCUCCAGCCUGACGCUGCAUGUGACAGUGGGUUGUGUGGACCGCUACCUGGGUCUGCGCUCUGUCCCCAAGGCUCGCCUCCAGUUACUGGGAAUCGCCUGCAUGGUAGUUUGUACACGCUAUAUGAGUAAAGAAAUCCUGACAAUACGUGAAGCUGUCUGGCUCACAGACAACACCUACAAAUAUGAGGACCUGGUUCGAAUGAUGGGGGAGGUUGUCUCGGUGCUUGAGGGAAAGAUCAGGAGCCCAACGCUGCUGGACUACGGGGAGGUGCUGCUGUCUCUGCUCCCUCUGGAGAGGCGGACCACUCACCUAUUCAGCUACAUCUGCGAGCUGUCGCUGCUCUACUCUGCUCUCGCCACACCGCCUCCUUCCAAACUGGCCUGCGCUGUUCUACUGCUUACUCGAGCACUACAUCACUAUGUUCCACUCUGGCCAGGACAGUUAGUAGACUACACAGGCUUCUCCAAACAAGACCUCACCUCCCUGUCUGUGCUGCUCUAUGUCAAGUGUUUCAGUCAAGACGUUCCCAAAGAUUACAGGCAUGUAUCUCUAACUGGCGUCAAGCAACGGUUUGAAGAUGAGGCCUACCAGCACAUCAGCAAAGAAAAGGUGAUGGAUUACAAAGAGCUGUGUCAGAUCUUGGAGAUUCCAGAGGUGGAGCCUCAGAUGGAGCCUCCCAGUCCCACUGGUCAACCAGCAGACAUCCAUACCUUCCUCGCCUCGCCAUCCAGCACCAACAAGAGGAGACGCGAUGAGGACAUGCCGGCCGAAAGAGCAAGCUUUGUGGCCACGCCCACGGCAGAGCUGUCCAAUCAGGAGGAGAGGCUUCUAGGUGACAUUCUGGACUGGAGCCUAGACACUUCCUGUUCUGGUUACGAGGGAGACCGAGAGGAGGAGAGCGAGGGUGAAAAAGAUGGCAAUUCUUCCAUGAUAUCCAUCAAUCUGCACUCGCUGACGGACGCAGACGGAGGACUGGAGCACUGCAGAGCCUUAUCCAGCGAUGACGACAGUUUUGAAGCAGAAAAGGAAGCAAGCAAGGAUCGUCAAGACCAGGAAUCCGUCUCUACUGACCUUCACAGUUCAGGAUACUCCUCUGUCCAGAGCGUUAGCCCUUCUUCCACUUGCUCCUCCUCCUCCCUCUUGCCUUGCACAUUUAAGACCUUUACCACCUCCCUGGGCACAGCCUCUGCCAAUGCCCAGCCAGGCUUCCGCCUUUUGGUGCCCAUGCAGAGGCCCCGGGGCACCUCCAACAGGCAAGUGAAGAGGAAGAACUCAGCAGCUCAUAGUGGAGGUGAGGUGGAAAGAGAGGAAGAGGAAGGAGACGUGUAUUCUGCCAGUGCGGGGUUUCUGAGCCUAUAGACAGUGGUUAUUGAGCGGCUUCGGGCUGUUUACAGACCUCCUGCUCAGUUAUUAUCCUCCAGCACUUUUCUUUAGCUCCCCACGCUGUUCUUCACUCAUGUCAGUCUGCACUGAUCUAUCAAAAGCCAGAAGUUCAAGAGACUUAUCUUAAAGACAAGCAAGUAAGGGAAAAGAAAUGAAUUACCUAGAAACUUACAUUUCUAUUACAGUACAUUUCAUUUACAUGUUUACAGGCAUGGCACAAGAAAAUACCUCCCAUAAAUCAAGGCUCACAUUCAGCUCUGAAACCACUGGAACAUGACUUGACUUUCCUCAGGACCGUUUAUUUUACAGCCAUCUGCAACAACCUCAUAUCGCAUUAGAUAGCUGUCGAAGAAAUGAAACCUCAUGGACUUGUUUUGGGGGGAAAAAAGUGUUCAUUGUCAAAAUCAUAUUGUGGAAAAACCUUAAACAUAGCUGUCCUGAUAAUGAUUGUCUUGGUUAUUAUAGUUUCUGAUAUGCACUGUCAGUACAAGACUAUCUUGUAUUUGGUGAAUGUCAUCAAUAGGUGACUACUGUUAUUGGUGGAAAUGUCUGCAUCUUGAAGCCUACAAAAAGUGAUUGUAUGAAUUCCUUUAGUUCUACGUGUGUUUGCCAAAGGUACUGUGCCAUUGUUAUUUUUUUUUCAUGGGCAUCUUCUUAAACUAGAAACAGCUGUGAAAUGAAUCUUUUAGUAGUCUGCAUCUUCUACAGUCUUCUACAUAAACACCAGUUGUGCUGUUAAUGUUUUUGUAUUGCUUUAACAGACCGAUAGCACACUAAUCCCAUCAGGAACAGCGGAUGUUAGAGAUAUCGACACACUGUGUUCAAUACGUUGUGCUGUGAUAAUGGAGCUAAUCGAGAAUCACUAGCUGGAUGAGUGUCGUGCGAACAUCAGCUCACCCUCCAAAUGUUUAGUGCUGCAUCAACUAUUCAGCUCAAAUUUAAUGACACAGACGAUGCAACAUGAAACCCUUAAUGCUCAUAAGUUAACCCACUUUUCCUCCCAUCUGAGUUCGGUCUUGCACUUUUAUCAUCACAGAGGAGGCGCAAUUCAAUGAAAUGCAACCAUUUCCACGCUUGAACAAUCAAUACUAAAGUAUUUUUGGAUGGAUUUGCUUUGCCUUCUUCGAGCGAAAGGGAAGUUCAGACACUAAUGGGAAAUUGUCACCGUAUGGGGUUUUAAAAAGAACUGUAGUACACAAUGUCUAAAUGUCUGUGACUGACUGUAAAUACAUUUUAAACUGUUACACCAGACUGGUUAUCACCUGUGUUUUAUAAAUGUACAUAGUACUAUAUGUAUAAAUGGAGAAAGACAAAGAACAUGCCACUACUACUUGAAAUUGUUUUUGCUUCAUUCCAAAAAGUUUUCUCUGUGAAACUUGUUUUUCUACAGUACAGUGUUUUUUCAAUAGACCUAUGAUGUGAAUAUGUAAUCUUUUUCAAAUAAAACAAGCCAUCAUGCAA